GGGUAAUAAUACUCGUAUGAUACGAGGUCCUCCUGUUCUUGGCGAACUCACCCCUCCCCCACACGAUAACAUGUCGCUCCGGUCUAACGUUGAGGGCCCUGGCCCAGACACGUUCCUACUUGAACCCUUUACGUGCUCCAUAAUACGCCACACAUCCUGAGAUCAUCCUUUCGUCUUGUGGCCGUUUUCGGCCAAGAGAGCUUGGUAGGGGAGAUCAAUCGCUCUCAGCUGCUUAUGGUCACCCACCCUCCCGCAUACUUCCUCGACUCCUUUUACUCGUACUGCUUCUCUUCUUCCUCCCUCCUGAACUCACCAGAAAACGCCCCCCGAAUUAUACAUCAUCAAAUCAUGUCGUCCGUCGCUAGCACGCUCGUCUGUUGCUAAAGUAACCCGGUCCUAGCAGAUCGGUGAACCCUUUGGCCCCAGUACCUACUCGCGCUCUGCAGCGUUGUCUUUCUGUCGAAUCAAAUAGGGAAUCGGAGAAACGGGGAGCAAUAGGGUAGUGGUCGUAUCCGCGCGGGCUAUCUGACCUGGCAAAUAUCCCUCUCUCUCUGGCAAUUUCUCAGCUCAUAGCCCUACUCUACUCCCUUUGAAUAACGAACGGACGGACCUCGAGGGUUUAAUCAGGAAUUCAUAUCAAGCUUCGCUUUCGAUAACUCCUCCGGUUCACCAGCGACUUUCCGAAUACAUCUCCCCGCCAACAUCCCCCCCCAUCGACCGAAGCCAUGAAGGUAAGCUCUGAUCCCUGCAAUAUAGAAUGCGCCAAACCUUCGCGGCUACUGUUGGGUUUCGGCCUAUUUUUAUCGGAGAUUGAUCGCUGAUGUUUACCGCCCCGGACUUAGUUCCUGCCCCUUCGCGAGCUUGAUUCGAUCAAUCGUGCUCUCGUCUUCGACACUCCUGAUUGUCGUGUCGUUGGCGGUGUAGACAUCUACACCACCAAGGUCCUUAACUCUAGCCCAUGAAAUUAUUCGACUGUAGCGGCUCAAGCUAAUAAUCACUUUUGCGAGUCAAUUCAGGCCGCAGGGGCUGACAAGAAGCUUUACAAAAGCAUCUGCGAAACUAUCAGUACUCGCUAUGAAGCCGACCUCCGUCUAUCGGAGUCCUUAUCACCCCCUAACCGCGGUUCCGAUAGCGCUAGCAAGUACCAGUCUGCCGCUGUUUACCAAACCCUGCAUUCCCCGUUUGGGCCUUUGGACCAGAUUUCGGCUAGACGCACUUUUGCUUACUUGAUUGCUACUCUUAACGCUUCGCAUCCUGACUAUGAUUUUUCUACCACGCUCCGCCCAUCGGAUUUCCGUCGUGAGCGUCACAUCAGACCCGUUAUGAACAACUUUAAUACAACUUUGUUCAAUCUGGGCGUCAACAUUUCCAGGGAGCUUCCCAAGAUGUGGGAGACAAUUGAUAAGGAGAUGGAUUUGUUGAAUUGCAAUAUCUAUGCCUACUCUCCCGAUGAUGUCUCCAACGAUCCGUAUGGUGAUGAAGGGCUCAUUUGGUCCACCAACCUCUUCUUCUUCAACAAGCACAAGAAGAGAGUUUGUUAUCUCUACCUCAGGGGAUUGAGCACCUUGAAUCACUCCCCCCUCGAGAGGAGCCUUGCCGGAUGGGGCAGAAAUAGUAGAGUCGGAUCUGACGGGUGGGACGAAAGCGAAGGUGAAGACUUUAACGACGAUUUCAUCGAGAGCAAGAGCAUCUGGGGCGAUGACGACUACGAUGAUGGCUUUUUCGAAGGGAUGGAAGUUUGAGUUUUCACUCUUCCCCAAUUAUUAUUUUGUAGAUGGAGUCGUCCAUGGAUAGCCUUGGAUGGUAGUAUAGUUCUUGAGCCCCAACAUCUCCUCAUACUUUUAUUUCUCUCUCGCCAUCUCUUGAUAUUUCUGCUUGUCUGCUUCUCUUUUCUCUUCUUUUUACUCCCUUCCCUUUUCUAGUUUUCUCGCGUUUUGCCGUGGCGCUUCUUAUAUCCAGUGGUAGGAUGGAAUUCGUCAAGAAACGCCUUCCGAUAUGUUCUCUGUGCAUUUUAUUCUCUCUUCUGGCUUGUAGGAAUUAGGGAUGUGGGGGGCACUUUGGGGCCGGGUUGGGUUGGGCUGGGUUGUAUUUGGUCGGGGUUUGGGCGUUAUCAAUGUUCGGUGAGAGCGUACGUUGGCGUGAUGAACGCCUCUCGGUGUUUGGGUAGGUUGGUAGUGAUGGGUGUUGUUUCUGGCGUUUAUUCUGGAGGUACUGAGCAUUUAAUUCUGGGAUGAAAGGAGGGAUUCACUGAUCUUGUACCGUAUCUCUUAAAAGUAACGCUAGUUUGCAUGCGA